AUUAUUGAGAAAUGGAAGAAUAAUAAUAAGAAAACUAUAGCGAUUUAGUAAAUCAAGAAAUGAAUAAAUAAAAUAAACCCAUCAAAUGGGAAGUAGAUGGAAUGCCUCAAACUAAAGUAGGAUAGAUGAAAAAAGAAGCUGUCUAUAUUUUUUGGUUUGAAUUCUUAGGCACAUUUAUGUUAACUUUUUCUAUCUAUGCAAGCAAGUAUAAAAAUGAUUCAAUUAUAUAAGUAAUAAUCUCUUUGUUUUCACUUGUGCGUAUGGAAUGUUAAUCUUAGUUGCUCAAAAUCAGAAAUGUUCAUUUAAUCCUGCAAUUACUACCGUAUUAUCAGGCAAUGAUAAAGGUCUUUGGGUUUCAGUAGCUAUCGCUAGUUAAUUUGGAGGAGCAUUUUUGGCUAGUUUAUUUGGUUUCUUAUGCUUUAAGAAUUAGUAUUCAUUUUUAUAGACUAUUAAAUAGUGUCAAUGAAGUUCCAUAUUUAUCAUAAACUAAUUUAGAAGAGUAUUUUGCAGUUAUAUUUGGAGAGAUCUUAGGAACACUUAUCCUUACUGCCGGUUUUCUCUUUUAAUACGAUGAUCUUAUGGAUUUUACAUCAGAUCGAUUAGAACACAGUAUCGUCAUUAGUGGAUUAUAUGGAGUAGGUAGAACCUUAAGUUAUGUUGCCAAAAGUAGUCUUAAUCCAGCUAUUGCUAUUGGGUAUAUCUUUUUAAUUCAUUAUUAUAGAUUAGUAUUUUUUGAAUGUUGUAAAGAUGGACAUUGGGCUAGAUUUUGGAAUCUAUGGAUCUAUGCUGGUUUACCAUUCGUUGGAGCUUUUAUUUCAUUAGCAUUGAUUAGAAUACUAUACAAAGAUUGUUAUGAAAAAUAAAUUAAGGCCGGUUUAAAAGAAUGAAUAAUCUAUAUUUUUAUAUUGAGC